CGUUCGUCCGAUCGAACCCAUUCGCCUUCAUCAGGUUUCGCUGUCUCGCCUCUCGCGGCUCGUCGCUACCGUGGACAUACACAGUUGUAUGUACACUACAUGCACCACACGGUUGCAGUCGGUAUUCUUCAAGCGACUUCACGAUGGCCCGCCACCGGCGCACGCUUGUCGACGACAACUACCUCGUCUCGGACGUCCGCGUUCAGCGCGCGUGCCCCAAAGAGACGUGGGUCCCGGACGCCGCCCGGCAGCGCUGCAUUCAUUGCACGCGGCCCUUUUCGCUCUUUCGUCGCCGCCACCAUUGCCGCGUCUGCGGCGACGUGCUCUGCGGCGCGUGCAGCUGGACCGUCUACCUCGUCAACACGACCUCGAACGUCGGCCGCGCAUGCUUUCACUGCUCGCGCGCAUUGCGCAUCUCGGCGACCGCCAGUCGCAGCGGUGACGACGUCGGGCGGCCGACUUGCCCCAACUUUGUCGAUGCACUCCUCGUCACGUCCUACGACGGCGCGGGCGCCGAAUCGAUGUUGGCGUGUGCCAAGUGCAAUGGGCCCUUUGCAGACGGCACGCAGUGGACGCAGCUGCCGUGCGGCGAUGCCUUCCACGCCAACUGCCUUCGCCCGUGGCUCGCCGCCCACGACGCGUGCCCGCGCUGCCACGACGCGCUGCCGCCCGACAUGGACUACAUCCGCAAGCUCUUUGCGUUUGCGUAAAAAGAGACAUGUUGUCCUUUGUGGACAUAUUGUCGUAAUAUAUGGAUGGAUGCUGGCCGUA